AACUUCUGUGCCAUAUCUUGUCAAUCAUGUAAAGCAUUCUUCAGGCGAAAUGCCUUCAAGUAUGAGAACCGAAGAUUAUGUAAGAAAUGUCGGUUAAGGAAGUGCUUUGCGGUCGGCAUGAAAAAGGAAUGGAUACUAAAUGAAGAGGAAAAGGAGUCGAGAAGACGACAAAUAGAAGAAAACAGAAUCAAGAAGUUUGGAGAUAAGAGGAAAGCAAGUAAUGGCUCAACAAUCUGUACAUUACCUGAUAUCGAUGCUCAAGAAACUGAUACUUUAUUAAAUGUCAUGCACUCUGAAGAGAUCACUGAUUAUGUCGAGACAAUCAAGAAUUUUGAUAUAAAUGAUGUUAAUAUGCCUUCAGAUAAAACAACCGAUAUUGUGGAUGAGCCCAUAUAUACCAUAUCCAUAAGCCCUGAUAAGCUCAUGGAAGGGGUUGCUAAAAGGUUUGACUUAACCCUCCAGAAAUUGGUCACCACACUAAAGAAUCUGGGUGCCUUUCAAAGCCUAUCAUUAAAUGACCAAAUAGCCAUGGUCAAGCAUAAUUGCUUUGAACUGGAGAUUUUAAAUGCGGGUUUAGGUUUUAACCAUAAAACGGAAGGUUGGAUUUUCAAAGGGAAUAACUUCCUGGCUCUUUUAAAGUACUACUUGAACACAAUCGCAAAGGAAUUUGACUCCGAUUUACAUAUACUCGGAUUGUUAAUACCCGUUAUACUAUUCAAUCCGGAGAGACCUAACAUUAUUCACAAGGAUAUGAUCGAGCUCCAGCAACAGUUAUAUCUCUAUUUGCUUCAA